AUGUCAGAGGUGUCCAUCGAGCCCGCCUCAAGUUCACCGGACUUUCUGGACGUAGUGGCAAAGUUACAAGGACCUGUUUCUAGCGCCCGUCUCUUGCAUUUGAAGGACACGACGUCUCAUAAUGUGGAGCUCGGAGGAAGAUCACAACGCUGUGAGGAGGCAGCCUCUGCAAUCAAUGGCAAUGCAGAAGAUGCGGCGAACUCCCAAGUUGAUGUCGAGCAUUCUGAGCAGGAGGCCGAGAGCGCUGCAUAUGACGCCCUGGCACCCGAGGAAGAUAGUGGCGUGCCAGGAAGCUGUGUUGCCAAAAGGCGCAAAUAUUUUGACGUCAACCUUCCAGCAUCGAAUCUUCUUGACGCUAUUGAAACGAUCAAGCUAGCUCGACAGUAUGGGCUCACAGAUGAUGAGGUCGUAUCGACCCCAUAUGCUGCGGAAUCUAGUCGUGGAUGGGUGAGAGACAUAUUGCGAAGCAAUCAAGCUCUCGCUGCGAAGAUGAAGUUGGCUCUGGAGAAGGGCCGACAGAAGGCCCGGAUGCAAAAGAUACUCGCUGCGAGACACAAGUUGCCUUUGAUGUCUGACACGACACGGCCGAAAAUAUUGGAACUUAUCAAGGACUGUGACGUGACCAUUAUCUUGUCCAAGACGGGUUCCGGCAAGACGACUCAGAUUCCUCAGAUAAUUCUGGACGACCAGGUAACUCACGGGUUUGGACCGGUAACGAGCAUUCUCUGCACACAACCUCGCCGGCUUGCAGCCACGUCCACCGCUCGAAGGGUGGCUUAUGAGCGAGGUGAGGCCUUGCAAGACUCUGUAGGCUACCACAUUCGGAAUGACAAGUGGCCUUCACGACAACAAGGGAGCAUAACCUACUGCACUACGGGGAUUCUUCUAAAUCGCUUGAUUGCCGACGAAUGGAGUACUUUGCAGUCUCAUUCACACAUCAUCAUUGACGAAGUACAUGAACGGAAUAUACAAAUCGAUCUGGUAUUGGCAAUUCUUCGAGGAGCUUUGCAAAGCAGGAAGGCUACGGGCCAACGAUUUCCCAAAAUCAUUCUAAUGAGCGCCACCAUUGACCCAACCAUGUUCCUCGAAUACUUCAGGCAGCCGACGCAUACUGGGGUAUCCCUUCUCGCGGAGAGCCUCCAAGUUGAAGGCUCUGCACAUCAUGUUGAAACACACUAUCUGCCCGAGAUUCUGUCAGAGCUCACGCAAGCCGGGGAGCUACACACCACCAUGCACGCUCUUUUGCAGGGGAAAGCCUCGGGCAUUUCCAGUGCAGAAUAUAUUCGGAGUGAGAUGCGCUUCGCUACCAAGCAAUCUGUAGGCCUUCGGCCCGACAGCAGUGGUCUAAGCAGCCAGCUGGCGGAGACUGGUACAUUGGAUUCUACUGUUCAAGCAGGAGACCGCAGGUAUAUCGGCCUGGCAACGUCUGUGAUUGCCCACCUAGCGGACAGUAAACUGGGAGGCGAUAUAUUGGUGUUCCUGCCUGGAAGGGCAGACAUCGACGAAAUCUUCAAUCUUCUGAUCGAUUUAAGACCACUUGGUGUGAACUUUACCAACACGAACAGAUUCAAGCUCUUCAAGCUUCAUUCUAAUUUGCGCGAUUCUAACGACGAGGUCUUUAAACCGGUAGCCCCAGGGUGCCGACGGAUUAUUCUGACUACCAACAUCGCUGAGACAUCAGUGACGCUGCCAGAAGUGGUUUACGUUGUGGACAGCGGUCUGCUCCGGAGCAACACCUUUGAUCCGCUCACACGCCUGAGAAGCUUGCCUUACGAGUGGAUCAGCAAGACCAGCCUGAUUCAAAGACGAGGCCGCGCGGGGCGUGUCCGAGACGGCCACUACUAUGCCCUCUUCACGAAAGAACGGCACGACUCAUUUAUCGCGAUGCGCCGUCCCGAAAUCGCAGUAGCUGACCUGGUGACUGUCGUCCUGCAGUUGAAGGCUUACCCACAGCGAGUCGACGUCCGGGAAUUCCUGCGCGAAACCAUAGAGCCACCUCCUCCACAGGCCAUCGAGAGUGCGCUCAAGGAUUUGAAGAGUUUGCAUGCCUUGACUGAAAGCGAGGAAGUCACCAGUCUAGGCCGGCUACUGGCUCGCUUUGCUUUACACCCAGCAGCGGCCAAAGGCAUUUUGCUGGGAGCCCUUUUCGGGUGUCUCGAGCCGAUGCUAAUUCUUGCUUACCACAGCUCUACCGACUCACUGAUUUCACACCCAGAAUUCACGGCGAGGCAGCUUUCGGUGAUGAAGCAGCAGCACACAUCAGACUAUGAAAGUGAUCUUGUGUCGAUAGUCGAAGCUUUCAGAGAUUACCACACCGCCUACCGAGCUGGUGACGCCGACCAAAUGAAAGACCUACGUGACAGAAGGCUGAUCAGGCAUCACGUAUAUCUGGACAUGAUGGUCGCAAGCGUCGCCAUCCAUCAGAUCUUGUCAGAUGUUGGCUUUUUGCCCGGUGCUGAAGCAGGACGGAGUGUGUUUGAGAUCCUGCCGGCUUCGAUGAACUCGAAUCGCAACAAUAUGGUGCUGGUGAAAGCUCUCGCCGUGAAUACUAUUACUCCCGAGCUAGCCGCAUGGCGGGAGAAAGGACCACUGAAGAAACUCUGGAGUCUGGAUGACCCGACCGCCACGGGUCUGAUUUCGCGAGACAGCGUGAACGAGAAGGCGACGAAGAAAUCGGCCAGGUUCGCCCGAAAAUACCGAUCCGGAGGCCGGCUGGUCGCGUAUUCAUGGAAGCAUGAUACUCCCGAGUCAAGUCCCAAGGGCAUCUGGCUUGAGCAGACCUCGAUGGUGACGCCACUGAUGUCCGUUUUGUUCAGCCGCAAUGUCACGCUGUCGAGUCCUCAAAUAGUGAUGAUCAACGACUGGCUCAGGCUCAAGCUCAACGCCGAAGAAGGCACACCACCGGUGGUAGCUGAGCAGAGUGCACGGAUCUUGAUGGAACUGAGAAAGACGGUCGAUCGAUUUGUAGGCCUGGCAUGGGAGGACCUCGGCUUGCUCGACCUGUCCGGGGAGAAAAGUGCUCGAGGCUCGAUCAAGGUCCCGUCAUCUGGUCGAGGGCUCCUCAACGCCGAGCUUCAAAGGGUUGUGGUCGACUCGGUAGUGAAAAUGCUCAAUGAGGACGACGCGUACUGGAGGUCUUUCCGCGAGAGAAGACGAGCAGAAAACAUCGAGGCCGAAGCCGAGGCCGAAGCCAAGCGCGUCGAGGAGAUGAAUCAAGCCAAGGCCAACGAACCCGUGGAAGACGAGGCGGAAGAACCAACGAGGCCUUCGGGACCGGGAGGCCAGGAUCGCGAUGCACAGCCGGAGCUGCACGGCAUGCACGUCGAUGAGACAAACUAUGACAAUGAACCAGAAGCGGGCAAAAGUGAGGCGGCGGCAUAA